CCUCUUCCCACAGCAUUCCCCUCCCCAUCUCCGCUUUGCACCCAUCCCCUCCCCCCUGGGUUGACAACUGCGUAUCCUGUUCACCAGCCGCCUCAACAACAAGACACCCCAGAGUCUCGUCCGUGCUACUAUCGCCCAAGAUGGACUCCAUCGAGCCGGAACAGACGGCCUUCUCCUCGGUCACGGCGCACACCUCGAAGCUGCAAAGGCAAUACCAGGCGCUCCUCGACCAGUCAACGCCCUUCGUUCUCUACAGAUGGAUCAGCACCGGCUUCUUCCUCCUCACCUUCUUCGCCCGCAUCUUUGUGGCGCAAGGCUGGUACAUUGUCGCAUACGCUCUCGGCAUCUACCUCCUCAACCUGUUCCUGGCCUUCCUGCAGCCCAAGUUCGACCCCUCCAACGAGGCGCUGGACAAUGAGAUGGAGGAUGGUGGUGUCGGCAUUCUCCCCACCAAGCAGGACGAGGAGUUCCGCCCCUUCAUCCGCCGCCUCCCCGAAUUCAAGUUCUGGUACUGGGCCACCCGCGCCAUCCUCAUUGCCUUCUUCUGCAGUUGGUGGGAGAUCUUCAACGUGCCCGUCUUCUGGCCCGUCCUGGUCAUGUACUGGUUCAUCCUCUUCUUCCUGACGAUGCGCAAGCAGAUCCAGCACAUGAUCAAGUACCGCUACGUGCCCUUCACCUUCGGCAAGAAGAACUACGCCAAGAACAGCUCCUAGAGGAGCACGCAACCUAACGACGCGACGGAAUGAGGCUGGGAUUACGAGACAGGCGGUCUUUGUCACGCCGCUGCAAAGGCGAGGACAAGUUUGUAAGUCUAGGCACGAAGAAGUAUAGACAGUAUGCGAGUAUGAAACACAUAUUUUGACGAAGUCUGGACGGUGACGAUGGGACAGGGGGGGCUUCGCUGUAUGUAUAGAAAGGAAUGGCGCGAAGGGUUGUAUGAGUGAGUGAGUGAGUGCCUGGAUGGCUGUGACGCGCGAACCAGGUUCCUACACAGGGGCGCAUCAGCAGGCGGCGCUCCUGCACAACCGGGAGCAAUUGCCCCGUUGAUGAGUGACGGUUUUGCUUU